UGAUCAGCGGUGUCCAAUGACACGCUGCGAUCAUCAGUGCACUGAUGAUCAGUGCCCUGAUGAUCGGUGCCCAGCAGUGCCACUCGCAAGUUCCGCCCACCUGUGCCCAGCAGUGCGCCCACUAACUCCGCCCACCUGUGCCCAGCAGAUCACCCACCUGUGCCCAGCAGUGCACCCACCUGUGCCACUCUGCAGUGUCACACACCUGUGCCCAGAAGUGCCACCUACCUGUGCCCAGCAGUGCCACCCACCUGUGCCCACCCACCUGUGCCCACCAGUGCCACCCACCUGUGCCCACCCACCAGUGCUGCCCACCAGUGCAGCCCAGCAGUGCUGCCAGUCAGUGCCACCAGUCAGUGCCCAGCGGUUGUGCCAGUCAGUGCCGCCAGUCAGUGCCCAGCAGUGAAGCCAGUCAGUGCCGUCUAUCAGUACCCAUCAUCAGUGUCACCUAUCAGUGCCGCCUAUCAGUGC